UUAAUAUUUCUAAUAAUAAUAUAUGUUAGUAAGCUUCUUAAAAAAUGUAUUCUAGAGUGUACUCUUUUCUAAACUCUUUUAACUGUUUAAAUUAGUUUCAAUUUGGUUUUCGAUCAAAACAUUCUACCUGCCAUGCACUGAUAGGUAUAACUCAAAAAAUUAUAAAAGCUCUUGAUACUGGUCAUUUUGCUUGUGGUGUUUUUAUCGAUUUACAAAAAGCUUUCAAUACUGUUGAUCAGCAUUUUGAUUAUUAGCAUUUUGAUUAUUAAGUUAGAACAUUAUGGAAUUCGUGGAGUUGUAAAUGAUUGGUUUUGAUCUUAUCUUUUGGACUGGAAGCAAUAUAAAAAACUGUAACAACAACAGGAAAAACUGUAACAACGUUGAAAUUAAAAUCAAAACAAAUAAUAAACAACUAUAUUCCUCGAGAGUUAUUAAAUAUCUUGGUGUGUUAAUUGAUUGCAAUCUUUCGUGGAACUUUCAUAUCGAUGAGCUGCGCAAGAAACUUAAUGGUGCAAAUGAAAGUAGACUAAUUCAUACACACUCUACGCAAAAUAUAAAUAAUGGUAAACUUAUUGUACCAUCAUAUAAAACUCAAAAUUGUGGUAAGAAUUCUGUUGUGUAUCGGUGCAUCUGUUAAUGGAACUAGAGUCUUGUGUGUAUUUCUGAAUGAGUUCAAUAAAC